UACCAAAUAUCAUAGAGGGUCACAAUAACAACCCGUAAACAUAAACAAAGGAAAUGGCGGAGCAACAAUUUACGCCGGAACCGAAAAACUCCGCCCAAAAAGGCGCUGCAAAGCCUGCAAGCAUUCCGAGGGAGGUGAAACUUAAGCUGCAAAGGCAACUAAACAAACUGGGCUACUCACAGCAAAUCCUGCUCGAAGUAGCCAAGCAGCAAAAUCGAAAUUAUUCGAAUGGCGUUCUCCAGUAUGUGGCCACCAUGAUUGACAGGGGCGAGGAAAUGGUGAAAAACUACGACUCCGUUAGCCUAAACAACAUUAACCAGUGGCUGGAGCUCAUGAAAAGCUCGCAACUCGCGGAGCUCUGCGAAUUCGAAGCAGCCGCCGCUGUGAACUCCAUAAUCCAAAAUGAGACGAAGCCAUCGCCAGAGGAACUGAACGGCAUUGACUUGAAUGAGGCCUACAAGUUUCUGGAAAACGCUUUGAUGGGCCAGCCGCAAAGGAAGUUGAGGGAUGCGACCAAGGAAUUCUUGACCAAGGAAAUUGAGCUGCUCAUAGAGGAGGCAAACACCGACGAAUCCGACGAUGUGGCACGCAGCAUGGGGCAGCGCUUAUAUGACCACCAGUUCUUGGAUUACAUGGAACAGCGGCAAAAAUGCAGCUUGGAUCCACUGUUCCUGGACGAGAAGCUAACGUAGCGACUGUUAUUGAGCAAUUGAGCAUACAGAGCAUUUAUUCAUUUCCACACAUUUAUUAAACAUUUAAAUUCAAUUGUUUGUUACAUACGUACAUUGUCACACGCAUUUGCACCGCUCCAUCAUCAUCAAUUGAUCAUCGAUCCCACGUUUAUACAUUAGUAUUACUAUGCCAAAUGCCCCAACCUUUGUACGUAUUAAUAUUCGAUAAUUACACUCAUAAUUAAGUACUUGACUAUAAACAGUUUUAGCACAUUUAAAAUCUAGAAUUCCUUUAGUUGUACACAAUUACUUCGAGUAGUGUAAGAAAAAGUUGUGGGUCUUUGGCCUUGGAUUCUCUCAAUUGCAUAACAUUUAUUGUGCAUGAUUGUUUUCAAUAGUUGGGGUUGCCAAUUAGCAUUGCAUAGACUAGUGUAGAGAUAGGUAGUUUAGUUUUGGUUUUGCUACGAUUAGCUUUGUUUUAAACUUUAAGAGGCGUAAAAACAGUUGAGUGCUGCUUGACUCCCAUAGCAUCACAAUAGAAUCACAAGAGACAGAGUUGGCUUCAUUUCAAUUCAAUUCGUUAGAGGAUCUAGGAUGGUACACUUACGAUAACAUAACGUACAUACGAUCAGAAUUACAUACAAAUUCGAAUACAAAUAUAAUACCCUUUAGUUUUAGGCGCAGUUACUAGCACUAAAACGAUCUUCACACAAUCAAAUGCAAUUCAAUAAUGUACAUAAUAUAACUCUUAAAUGUUCAGUCCAGUUUGAGCUUUUGGUUUUCCCCUUUUUCUUCGAUUUAGAUUUUGUUUUUAAUUUUUUAAUUUUUUAUUUUUUUUAUUUUUGGUUUCUUGUGCUUAGUUUUCUGUCUUGUCGCGUAAACGUUAAUUAAAAUUAAGUAAAUCUAAUUAUGUAUACGUACAAUUAAACGCUAGUAAACCAUAUCGAUAUGCUUGUCUAAGGUGAAAUAAACAACAAAUUCGGACCGAACAAAAUGCAAAGCAGUUUCGCGUGCAUGGCAAGGAUAUGCUGGAGUUUCAGGAUCAGAUUAGCUGGCAUUGACCAAACGCAGAUCCAACGAAUCGAACAAACACAACGAACGACAACAACGUAACUUAAAAUUGCAAUUGUUUGUUAGUUGAUAGUCGUUUAAGUGUCGCUUGAAUUUUGAUUGUCCCGUUCCCGUUCGUGUAAUUCAGUGUUAUUCAUAUCAUUUCGAGUAUGUGUAUAUAAAGUAGAGUAGUUUUCAACGUGUCCUAGAUAGAGUUCGUCCUGCUGCUGCUGCUUUUGUAUACAUAUAUAAAUUCAUAUUUUUUCGGGUUUCACUUCUACUCCGCUAAACGUAGCACAACAAUAAUAUUAAUCGCUUUAAUUGCCGUUUACGUAAUGAAUACAUCUAUGACACAGUUGAGUCUUCACUAUAAAGUGUAUAAAGUUUCAAGAGUUUACCAUUUCCAUUUACCACACUUUUACCACAUAUAGCUGCCCAACUAUACAAAUUGACUAUAAAUGUGAGAUUCAGAUUGAGAUUUGAGAUUGAGAUUGCCUUCGGGUACAGCGGCUUCAGUAAUUACUGGCUCUGGUUCUAUUUCGGAUCGGUGGACCUUGGAUUGGAUUCGUGUAUUCACCUUAGUAGUAGUUUUGGGUGUUUUUCUUUUUUGGAUCUAUCUAUUCCGGUUGAUCAGAGUGUGUAUAUAUGAUGGAUUGAAUGAUGGGUAUAGAAUAUACAUAGAUUUCAUGUGGGAUUCAUCACUAUAAAGCGCAGGCGGGAUCACUCGAGGUUCUUGGCCAAACAAUAAACGUUCCUUUCGUACUCGUGGUUAUUCAUAUUGAUUAGUUUUUGUUUUUUUUUUUUUUUUUGAUUGCGAUUGCUGUAAAGCUCUGUGAUAAGUUUGGUUUCUAUGGUGCUAGGUACGAUGUAUGUAGGUACACGAUUCUCCCUUAGUUGAUUGCAUAUAUUUAUCAUCGAAAAAGUGAUCUGUGAUUGAUGUUUGCAAAAUUAAUAGACAAUAUAUGUUCGCUUCUGUAUCUUUUGCAGUGUGAUAUGGUUUAAACUAUAUAGAUAUGAUAAACUAUGAUGAUAUAGGCGAGUUCAAUGACACAUAGAGGUAUAUAUUUGACAUAUUUUUGUUUUUUUUUGCCUAGC